AUGAAACUCCAUUGUAGCAAUCAAAAGGGCGCCUUGUUGAUAGCCGUUUGCACGACCAUUUAUAUCUACUACUUUCUUCUGAUAACGGACAAAAAGAGCUACUAUUCAAAGGUUGCUUUCGGUAUUUCCUUGUUAACUUGAUUGGGAUUUCCAUGAAGUCUCCAGUUCUCAGUAGUUUUCUGUUUUCAAACAAAAAAAAAAACGCAAUGGAUCUUUGAGAGAAGAGCUCCGCCACAAAGAACGUGCUCGCUUCCAAAGCUCAAUCCUUGGGAUCCAACGAUUCUGGGUUAUAUUGACCCCGAAGUGACAACUCUACGAUGUCACGAGCCUCAAGUGCAGCCCGAAGUCACGUAUCUCGACGACAAUGUCCGUGUGUGGAAGGAAAUAUAGCAAAAAACAUGUGUUCAGGGAUUUCUCCACAUCAACCAUUCGGAAGCAGUGAAAGUUGCGAAAAACGUCUCUUGUCGGUAUAGAACAUUCGACAAAAAACAAGGACAAGACAACGAACUCGAGUACACUGAGUGGACAGCGUUUGAAGUAUUUCGUGAAUAUCACAAGCCAGAAGAAAAAUUCGUGAAUUUCAGAAGCCGACACGCAUCAACGCGGAGUUUGUGGAAGUAUCAUGUGAAAGAACUAGUUUCAUCAAAACGACCGUAUACUCCAAUAAUCACAACCAACUGAUUCCUCACAAAAGCGACUUUGAAAAAACUUUGCCCAGUGUUUUGAUCAUCGUCCUCGACUCUGUAUCGCAUUCAAAUUUUGUCCGCACGUUGAAAAAAACCUUGGAAGUGAUUCCUCUUUUAGGAAAUGUAGUUGAGAACAAUUACAUUACAGGUUCUGAAAACCGAGUACAAUUCUUUCAUUUUCGACGGGAUGAACAAAAUUGGAGACCAUUCCUUUUCCAACGCUGUGGCUUUCAUGGCCGGUAAAGUUUGGAUGUAAUUUUCUUAAACCCAUCAUCAGGAAAGAUGGCCGAUCGGGAGUUCGGAGAUGUUCUCAACUACUUUGACGAUCACGCACUCAUCUGGAAAGAUUUCGCCAAAACUGUAGUUUGUCCUAUUUUUCCUUUAUAAAGCCUCAGUCAACAGGGCUAUAAAACUUUCUACUCAGAAGACUAUCCCGCAUUCAAUUUAUUCAAUUAUUUAUCCAAAGGCUUCAAAACUAAACCAGUAGACCACUACCUCAGGUAGUUGAUCCAACAAAGAAAAAAAGCAGUUCCAAAAUAGGCCUUUCUGGCUCAAUAUCUAUGGGUCCUACGUUCACCGACGCAGUGCGAACCUCUGCUAUGGAAAUCAAGCAAUGCAUAGACUUCAAUUGAGAUAUUUUUCCCAGUUUCUAAAAGCUUACCGAGGUUUUAGACGAACUAAAUCCGAUGAAAAAUCAAUUUGUUAAAGGGGAGCCUAAGUUUGGGAUAUCGUGGUUCACAGAACUGGGACAUGACUACUUGAACCAAGUAUCCGUCGGUGACGCAGAUUUGGCCGAGUUCUUGGUCCAACACAAAGCCCAACUGACGGUUUUCAGCUUUCUGGAUGAAACAUCUUGUUUUCUCAGGAUUCUUUCUUGAUAGUGAUGUCAGACCACGGUCACCGAUUCGACGCCAUCCGUCGGACUACUGUGGGUCGCCUGGAGGAACGAAUGCCAUUCUUCUCGCUUUCUGUCCCAAAAAGACUCCGCAAUGAACAUCUGGACAACGUUAUAGCGAACAAUACAAAGGAAAUUCCCUGUCUCCACAAUUGGUAAUUCGGUGUUUCAGGUGCUCACAACGUUCUGGGACGUCUACGUAACUUUGAGAGAAAUUUGCACUCUGGCCGAUGAAGGAAAAAUCGCUCAAAUUGGCUCCCCAAGAAGCAAAGUGCAGCUACCGAGUUAUUCAGAUCGAGGACAAAGCCUUUUCGAACCAAUUCCUGUAAGUUUUUAAAAUUCGCUUUAAAGAGCAAAUAUUAUUUAAUCGAGUUUUAGGAGAGAAACUGCGAAGAAGCUGGUGUGCCAGACGAGUUCUGUGUUUGUGAGAAAGAAUUUGACACCGAUACUAACGAUUCCAAGGUUCCCCAUGAUGAAACUUGCAAUGAUUUCGUCUGAACUGAACUAACAACAUUAUGAAAAAGAGUUUUAACUACAGAUAAAGGAUCUGGGGAACUCUUUGGUGCAGCAUAUCAACACCAUCCUGGAAAGCUAUAAAGACUGUGCAAAGCUUGAACUGAAACAAGUCCAUUCUGCGACAAUCUUCGAGAACGAAGAAGAAGAACGUCGGAGAUAUCGUUUGGCCGUUGAGGUUACUUCGUAUUCAAGCUCUUUCCCCAAUAAGAAAAUCAGGUUUUACCGUCGAGAGGCAUUUUCGAGGCUCUCAUGCAGGUUUCCGAAGAUGAGAUCAAGGUGGUCGGAGAUAUCAACCGUAUCAACAAGUACGGCAACCAGUCAAUUUGUGUCGACCAGCAGUUCAUCCGCAAGCUUUGUUAUUGUCAGUAA